AGCAAAGUCUUCGAAGAGGCAGCCACAACAAACUCCAUCUCUCCUUCUCUCUCUCUCUAUCUGUUUUUAGGGUUUUCUUAAAAACGGAGAAAGAUGUUCAGAAGAGGACCUUCGAGUAAGAGCGACAACACCAAGUUCUACGAGAUCCUUGGUGUCCCCAAGACCGCUUCACCUGAAGAUCUCAAAAAGGCUUACAAGAAAGCCGCCAUCAAAAACCAUCCCGACAAGGGUGGAGAUCCUGAGAAGUUCAAGGAGCUAGCUCAGGCUUAUGAAGUCCUCAGCGAUCCAGAGAAGCGUGAGAUCUAUGAUCAGUACGGUGAGGAUGCACUCAAGGAAGGAGCGGGUGGUGGAGGCGGUGGUCACGACCCUUUUGAUAUCUUCUCUUCCUUCUUUGGUGGUGGUGGUGGACACCCUUUCGGAGGUGGUAGUAGCCGUGGAAGGAGGCAGAGGCGUGGUGAAGAUGUUGUUCAUCCGUUGAAGGUUUCUUUAGAGGAUCUUUAUCUUGGGACAACGAAGAAGCUCUCGCUUUCUAGGAAGGCUUUGUGCUCGAAGUGUAACGGAAAGGGUUCAAAGUCUGGAGCUUCAAUGACAUGUGGUGGAUGCCAAGGAUCAGGAAUGAAGGUCUCGAUCAGGCAGAUUGGACCUGGCAUGAUUCAACAGAUGCAGCAUCCUUGUCAUGAUUGCAAGGGCACUGGAGAGACCAUCAAUGAUCGGGACAGGUGUCCACAGUGCAAGGGAGAGAAGGUUGUCUCCGAGAAGAAGGUGCUUGAAGUAGCUGUUGAAAAGGGAAUGCAACACAGUCAGAAGAUUACAUUCAGAGGACAAGCAGAUGAAGCGCCUGACACAGUCACUGGAGAUAUAGUGUUUGUGAUUCAGCAGAAGGAUCACCCAACCUUCAAGAGAAAGGGAGAUGAUCUCUUUGUGGAACACACUCUCUCUCUAACCGAAGCCCUCUGUGGGUUCCAGUUUGUCUUGACUCACUUGGACACAAGACAACUUCUCAUCAAAUCAAAUCCUGGGGAGGUUGUGAAACCAGAUUCAUACAGGGCGAUAACUGACGAAGGAAUGCCGAUACAACAAAGACCCUUCAUGAAGGGUAAGCUGUACAUCCACUUCACCGUAGAUUUCCCGGACUCUCUGAGCCCGGACCAGACAAAGGCCAUUGAAGCGGUGUUGCCAAAGCCUAACAAGGCGACUCUGAGCGACAUGGAAAUAGAUGAGUGUGAAGAGACGACGUUGCACGAUGUGAACAUUGAGGAUGAGAUGAGGAGGAAGGCUCAAGCUCAAAGAGAGGCUUAUGAUGAUGACGAUGAUGAAGAAGGCCCAGGUGGUGCUCAGCGUGUGCAAUGUGCCCAGCAGUGAUCUGGACAUGGGGUUUGUUAGUGAUUAUCCAAAACGCUGGUUACGAAUUUUUUUUUUUUUUAAAUAGACUUUUGCCGAUUCUGUGGCAAAAAACUCGUGUCCUAAUUCAAAUGCUGGUUACAUUUUUGUUUGUUUUGUUUUCUGAAUAAACUUCUCAUAGUUCUUGGAUCUUGUCGUUACCACAGACAGUUCAGUGGAUCUAGUUCGGGUUGUUUGAAUGUGAGCUUAGUUUAUUAUAGAUAAUAAUGGUUUAUAAUUUUAUAUCAUAAGUUGUAUUGC